UAGAAGACAGUUUUAUUUAGUUAAUUUUAAAAUAUGCAUGAGAAUGAAGAAAUGAUGGAAGGAAUGUGUUCACACAACUUCUGUUUUCCCUUUAAUGGAUAAUGCUAAAUACAGGAAGAACACUAACGUGAAACUAAAGCCUCAGACUUGCAUGGGCAAUGCAAGCCAGCUACAGUCAGACAAGUGUGGGAGUCUAAGAGUUCUUCCAGAGCCUACUUCCAUUUUCUUUGUUGCUUUAACUAGAGUCACCAGUCUGUCUUCAUUUUUAUGAUGAGACCAUUGGGAGAACUAACUUAGAUUUCAGACUCUUAAUAUAUUUCUGUGGUAAAAAUAAGAUCAUAUAACACUCAUGCCUUAGAAGAACUUUAACAAAGAGAAGGAUCAUGUUUUAAUGCCAAAAUUCAUUUGGUAGACACAAGGAUAAGGGAAAGUAGAACGUCUAAAUACUGUGUGUGUGUGUGUGUGUGUGUGUGUGUGUACACCAGGGAAAGGAAUCAGGAAGUCAGAAAUAAGAGAACUAGCUGUCUAUCCAGCAUGACUACUGUAAGAAUGAGGAACAAGGCAGGACAACAGAGAACUCUUAAUUGUUCAGAGAACCCAGAGAACUCUGUCCCCUCCCCCGCAUCCCUGCAGAAUGUUGAGUCUAAAAGUAUGAGCAGGUUAACCUGUCAGGGGUCCCUGACCUGUGGAGGAUGAAAGAUGAUCUGAUGUACAGAACUGGCUGAGUCACUGAAGAGACACGGCUCAUCUCCAUGAAUGUCAAAGGAACGUAAGCAACACUGAAGCUCUUCCACUUGAGUAAGAAGUCCCUGUGCUGUACAUAACCACCAAGGCCAGGAGAGAAGACAGAAGAGAGAGACACAGCCUGAGGCCGUAGGAUUCAUGCUGGGAGGCACCCUGUAAGACACAGGCACAGGUCUGGGUUCCUGGGUCCAGGGAAGCCAAGAGAGCUGCCACUGAUGGACAUAGAGCUUACACUAUCAACAGUUGGUUUGAGCCAUGUCAGUGAUGGCAUCAGUGAGAGGGUUUGCCUCCGGUCUGUCUUCCCUACAGAUGAGGCAAGUAGCCUCAAAGGUAGCUAAGAUAACACCUCACAUCUGCGCUGCACAGCAUUGGAACUUGGGUCUGAGACUAGUGCCACCUGUCAAAGUAGGGAUUUUGGUGCUAUUGAUUUUUCUCCCGAGCACCUUCUGUGACACUGGAUCUGUAUCUAAUUCUUCCUAUGAAACAGUCAUCCCUGAGAGAGUGCCAGGAAAGGGGACUGAAGAUCCUGGAGGAAAGGUGUCCUACGUGCUGUUGAUACAAGGCCAAAAGCAGCUGCUUCACCUCAAGGUAAAGGGACACUACUCUGAGAAUAACUUCCCAGUCUACAGUUACCACAAUGGCAUCCUGGGGCAAGAAAAGCCUCUCCUCUCCCAGGACUGCCACUAUGAAGGCUACAUGGAAGGGGUGCCGGGCUCCUUUGUUUCUGUCAACAUCUGUUCAGGCCUCAGGGGAGUGCUGAUUAAAGAAGAAACAUCCUAUGGUAUUGAGCCCAUACUCUCUUCCAAAAACUUUGAACACGCCCUCUACACCAUGGCACAUCAGCCUGUGGUCUCCUGCAGUGUCACCCCUAAAGACAGCCCGGGGGACACCAGCCAUCAACAAAGGAGCAGGAAGCCCGAUGACCUACCUGUCCUGUCUGACUUGUGGUCACACACCAAGUAUGUGGAAAUGUUUGUGGUGGUCAACCAGCAGCGGUUCCAGAUGUGGGGCAGCAGUGUCAACGAGACAGUCCAGGCAGUAGUGGACAUCAUUGCUCUGGCCAACAGCUUCACUAGGGGGAUAAACACAGAGGUGGUGCUGGUGGGCCUGGAAAUCUGGACAGAGGGGGACCCGAUAGAGGUCCCAGUGGAUCUGCAGGCCACACUCAGGAAUUUCAACUUCUGGAGACAGGAAAAACUGGUGGGCCGGGUCAGGCACGAUGUGGCACACUUGAUUGUUGGGCAUCACCCAGGAGAGAGCGAGGGCCAGGCGUUUCUCGACGGUGCCUGUUCAGGCGGGUUUGCGGCAGCCGUGGAGGCCUUCCAUCAUGAAGAUGUCCUCCUGUUUGCGGCGCUCAUGGCCCACGAGCUCGGGCACAACCUGGGUAUCCAGCACGACCACCCGACCUGCAGCUGUGGGCCUAAGCACUUCUGCCUCAUGCACGAGAAGAUCAAGAAGGACAGUGGCUUCAGCAACUGCAGCUCCGACCACUUCCUCCGUUUCCUCCAUGGCCACAGAGGGGCCUGCCUGCUUGACGAGCCUUGGCGCCAGAGCCGCAAGCGCAGAGCUGCCCAUUGUGGAAAUGGCGUGGUGGAGGAUCUGGAGGAGUGUGACUGCGGCAGUGACUGUGACCGUCACCCAUGCUGUGCGCCAACAUGUACACUGAAGGAGGGUGCCCAGUGCAGUGACGGACUCUGCUGCUACAAAUGUGCAUUCAAGAAGAAAGGCACCUUAUGUCGUCCUGCUGAGGAUGUGUGUGACCUUCCCGAGUACUGUAGUGGCAGUUCUCAAGAAUGCCCUGCAAACACCUACAUGCAGGAUGGCACACAGUGUGAUAGGAUUUAUUUCUGCUCAGGGGGCUGGUGUAAGAACCCUGAUAAGCAGUGUGCCAGGAUCUAUGGGUAUCCUGCAAGAUCUGCCCCUGAGGAAUGUUACAUCUCACUUAAUACUAAAGCAAACCGUUUUGGAAACUGUGGCCAUCCCACCUCAGCCAACUUAAGAUACGAAACAUGUUCUGAUGAAGAUGUAUUUUGUGGAAAACUGGUAUGUACAGAUGUUAGAUACUUGCCACAAGUCAGAGCCCUACACUCACUCCUCCAGGUUCCUUAUGGAGAUGACUGGUGUUGGAGUAUGGAUGCCUAUAACAUUACUGAUGUCCCUGAUUACGGAGAUGUGCAGAGUGGUACCUACUGUGCCCCAAACAAAGUCUGCAUGGAGUACAUCUGCACUGGUCAUGGGGUACUCCAGUACAACUGUGAGACACAGGAAACGUGUCAUGGGAAUGGGGUGUGCAACAACUUAAAGCACUGUCACUGUGAUCCUGGCUUCGCCCCUCCUGACUGCCUCAGCCCAGGAAAUGGAGGGAGUGUGGACAGUGGUCCUGUUGGUAAUCCAGCUGAUCGAAACUUGAGUCUUUUUACAGAUCAAGAGAGUCUGGAUGCUAAGGCAGAAGAUGACGAGAUAAGCCUGCACGUGGUGGUGCUUGUGGUCCCUAUAUUUCUUGUCUUUUUACUGUGUUGUCUGAUGCUGAUCGCCUACCUCUGGUCUGAAGUACAAGAAGCAGUAUCUCCAGGGAGUUCAUCAGAGUCUUCGUCAUCAUCUGACUGGUCAGAAUCCGAGUCCCAGUGAAGUUCUAUCUAAGAUCUUCUCGUGGAUCGUUGCUAUUGAUGUCUUGUAUUUGCAGGGCAAUUUUGACAAAGUGGUUUUUAGGGCAUGCUGCAUCUACACUGUGUAGUGUAAUGUGUUUUCUAUAUACUUGUGUUGCUCAUCUCAGAAACAACUGGUAUUAUAUCUUGAAUGUUCUUAAGGGAUCUAAAUGUUCUACCUUGCCCUGUCAGCUACUGUUCAUAAAAUAGAAGUGAUUUUAAAUAAAUAUAAAUAAUAAGGCCUUUUUUUUUCCCCCCUGCUUCAGAUGAAGCAUUAUUCGAAACUAGUCAUCCUCUUACUGUGAUAUUUAGGGUUUUUGUUUGUUUGGUUGGUUGGUUUUGUUUUCCUAAGACAGGGUUUCUCUGUUUCAGAUCCCAGACAGGUUGUCCUGGGACUCACUCUGUAAAUCAGGCUGGCCUCCAACUCACAGGAUCUUUCUGCAUCUGCCUCCCAAGUGCUGGGAUUAAAAGCAUGCGUGCUCUGCCUUCAA